CUGUUCCGAAUGCUAAAAUAGGAUUUAGCAAGGCAAUGUCGGCAGGAUGGUUGGAGGUCAACAAGAAAUGUCAAGGUGGUCCAAGAGUUCUGAGAAAGGUCUCCUCCAUAGAAGAUAAAGUACAGUUACAGCUCCAACGAAUCAGACAGGGGAACGUAGAAACAAUAACAGAUAAAGAGAGGGCAGAACUAAAGAAGAGAAAACUCAUUACUGAAGUGACAAGAAAUACUUUCUUGAUCAAGAAGGGAGAAGAGUUCAGCACAAAAAUUCAGAAACCAGAGACCGAUCUUACUCCUGAUAUGAUCAUGAAAGGAACAUGGAAGGAUCAUAAAUUCAAGGAUUAUAACUUUGAAGCUCUUGGGGUCACGAUCCCGUCAGGUCACCUUCAUCCACUUCUCAAGGUCAGGUCACAGUUCAGACAAAUCUUCUUGGAAAUGGGAUUUACCGAGAUGCCCACCAAUAAUUUCAUCGAGAGUUCUUUCUGGAACUUCGAUGCUCUCUUCCAACCCCAACAACAUCCAGCAAGAGAUAGCCAUGAUACAUUCUUUAUCAAAGAUCCUGCUAAUGCCACGCAGUUUCCCAUGGACUAUCUUGAGAGGGUAAAGACAGUACAUUCCAAGGGAGGCUAUGGCUCACAGGGAUACCAGUAUGACUGGAAGAUAGAGGAAGCUCGGAAGAACAUACUGAGAACACAUACCACUGCUGUCAGUACAAGGAUGCUGUAUAAACUAGGACAACAGGAGACAUUCACACCAGUAAAGUACUUCUCAAUCGAUCGAGUCUUCAGGAACGAGAGUUUGGAUGCCACCCAUUUAGCUGAGUUCCAUCAGGUCGAAGGACUAGUUGCCGAUUAUAAUUUAACUCUAGGUGACCUGAUUGGCGUCAUUUAUGAGUUUUUCAAGAAACUAGGCAUGUACAAGUUGCGUUUCAAGCCGGCCUUCAACCCCUACACAGAGCCCAGCAUGGAGAUCUUCGGCUACCAUGAAGGACUGAAGAAGUGGGUGGAGCUUGGUAACUCGGGAGUCUUCAGACCGGAGAUGCUGCUUCCAAUGGGUCUACCGGAGGAUGUGGUAGUCAUCGCGUGGGGGCUGUCAUUAGAAAGACCAACCAUGAUCAAGUAUGGAAUGGACAACAUCCGCGACCUCUUCGGACCUCGGGUCAACCUACAGAUGGUGUAUGAUAAUCCUAUAUGUAGACUAGAUAAAUAAGUAAAUAAAAUAUAUAGUACAAUUAUAAACAUCCUUACAGAAAGAUGAUACUUCUUCCAUUGUAUUUUGUGUAGAACGUGAAAAGAAGCUAUUCCUUUUGUUUUCAGUGUUGUAAAUCUCAACUCGAGGGGCCUGUUAACACAAAGCCUAGCAAUCAUUGUAGAAAAAUAUAUUUAUGAUUGAUUGCAUUGACUACAAUGUACAAUCAGUCGUGAAAGAUCAAGCGUAAGAUCUAUCGCUAACCUUUGUGUUAUUGGUCCCAAGAGAGCAUUACAUGAAGAGAUUUUACCACUGAUUUUCACCGACAACUGUUAUUAGCUAUUGAAAAUCCUUGCAUCUGAUUGGCUAAGAGCAAGUUAGUGAGUGAAAAUCACUGACACGACUCCAUGGAAUGCUCCCUAGCUUUGGAGCAAGAAAAUUUCCAUGAAACUGAAUAAACGUACUGGUAGAUUAUAAUUUUAUCUGCCUUGUACAGGGGGGGGCAUCAUUGUCUAGUGGUUAUGACUCUCGUCUUUCAAUCUGAGGGAUGCGGGUUCGAUUCCCAGCCAUGGCGUGUGUUCCUUCAGCAAGAAACUUUGUGCUGCACUCGACCCAGGUGAGGUGAAUGGGUACCCGGUACGAAGAUAUUCCUCGACUUCGGAAUUUAAUCCAAUUGUGCGCCCAAUCAAAAUAGAUUAUCUUUGUAUUUAUGUCUUGUUUAUAUUAAAGACCUUCUCAAGCCUUAGCCUUCUCAUAUCAAAUUACUAUGUAUAUAAAGCAAGUGCUCAAAUGGCUAAUUCAAAUGAAAAUAAAAACAUUACCAAGAGAGGGCGUUAGAUUUAAAAUUAAAUCCUAACUGCUGGAAAAUGCCAUACUAAAAUUUUAAUGGGUAAAAAUGAAUUCAAUGACUGCUACACUUUUGUAAUAUUGUAUUGUUAAAUGUAUAGUUCACACUACUGACCCUUUACCGAAGCUACAGACAGGGUAUAAGAACUUAGUGACAGAUUAACUUCAAACUUUGCUUGUGAAGAGGUAACAACAUCAUUGGUUUUGAGAUGUAUUAAGAUUGAAGGUCACAGACUGAAGUCAUUAUUUGCAUGAAGUUGGUUCUCAGGGUGACACGACAUUUGCUCCUGCGACAUUUGCUCCUGUCUUGAUAUCUCAGAGGGUGUAGGGCUAUAGAAUUAGGAUUGUAAUAGUUUAUGGUUCAGGAUAAUGUACAGUUCAUGGUUUAUUCAGUUUAGGUGGUUAGAUAUUAUGUUUGGCUUAACGUGCAGAUUUUCAUUCGGAGCAAUUGUCGCCGGAGCGAAUGUCAUGAAACCGAUUCUCAGAUCAGUGUGGCCUAUCCUCUGUAUCCAUAUCAUAUGCUUAUGAAUGUUAUGAUCAGAUUUGAUUUGGGAGGUCCCAGUGUCAAAAACAAACUAUUAAGUAUAACUACAGAGCUGUUCGGCAAAUCAUAUUCAAAUGAAGUGAAGAUGCAAUUAUGUAUAAUAUUUUAUAAUUUGAAUGUUAUAAUCUUGCAAUUCUGACUGCAUGCAGUUGAGAAUCUGUCCAUCGUUCUUAACUCUCACCCCCCCCCUUCAUUUCUAUCACUUAUUCUUCAUAUACUUAAUCAUUUUUAAAUUAUUUAUCUUGGCCUAAGUUAGAAUGCUAUUACAUCUCUACUUCUUCAGCAUGAAUUGCAUUUUAAAUGCAGGACCAUGCAACUAUUGUAUGUAUUCUUCAAGAUAUGACACCAUGACAAUUUUUGCAAUAA